AAAAGAAAAGGGGAAAAAAAAAAAAAAUUUCUAACACCGAGAAGGAAGAAAGAAAGAAAGAAUGGCUGGAGUUGAAGUAUGGAUCCCUUGCGCAUGCUGUAUAGCUUGUGUCACCAUUGCGGACUGCAACAAGGAUUUUUCACACAGCCACUCCAGAUUUUGCACUUGUAAUUUGACUUCUUUUUUCGACUAAAUUGCACAUCUUGGUCAUUUUUGUGCUAAUGGGCCUUGUGAAGAUUCACCAUUGGAUAGCUGUGGAUAGUAGCAAUUCUAGACACAUUUCUCACUUCCCGAGCUUAGAUGGCCUGGGGAGAGAAGAUAAAGAAAUUUUAGGAAUGGACUCGGGAGAUGAUUCUGAUGACUGCAAAAUUGCAGAAGUGGGAUGUGAGGUGGGAACACUUGACGGUCAGAUGUGUAGCAUUCCUUAUGAACUGUAUGAUCUGCCAGAUCUAAAGGAAAUACUAUCCUUAGAAACAUGGAAUUCCUGUUUAACAGAUGAUGACAGGCUCUCCCUCUCUGCAUUUCUCCCGGAUAUGGACCAGCAGACUUUUUGGCUGACCAUGAAGGAUUUACUUGCUGGUAAUGAAAUGUUCUUUGGCAGUCCAUUGGGAGAAUUUUUUGAAAGAUUAAAAAGUGGUUUCUAUCCUCCGAAAGUGACUCAUCUCAGAGAAGGUCUACAGUUUCUACAAAGGAGAACAUAUUAUCAUUUCUUAAAAUCAUAUCAUGAAAAUAUGUGUCGGACAUUUUUAGACAUGAAAAGGGUGUGGAAUCUAUGCCAACCUAGCAUAAAUGUCGAGGAAAGGAUCCAUAUUUGGAGGACAAAGAAGAAUGACAUGCGCAUGGAUCCAUUCGAUCUUAAUGCAUAUCCUCUGGAUGGAGAUCUUUUAAGCAAGGAGGUCAGCACUAAAACAGUUGUAUGCCCUUUGUCAAAGAAGACAAAGUAUAUAGACAGUGAAGGAUCAAAUACCCAUCAUUUCCCACCUGUUCCCAACGGAAUGAAAUUAGUUGUUGCUCCAAACACUAGUGCAAAGGGGGUUCUGAAAAUAAAGCCAGUUGGAAUGAAUUCCUUCCAAACACAUCUUCCAAAAUCAGUGUUUAGUGAUAGUUGGCCACAAUGUAGGCCUGCACCAAAGGGGGUGUUGAAAAUUGUACCUAAAGGCAUUUCUGGUCGACAGGAACAACAGAGGAAAAUGCUUGUGCAAGCGGAACCAACUCAAUUGAUUGAAGCUCCAGUGUUACAGAUGUCGAGAUUCUCUCCUUCGACAGCAUCCUUGUAUCGAUGGGACACAGGGGAACAUGAUGAGGAGUCACCAUUUCUACAUCAAACAGUCGGUGGUAGAAAAGCUUAUAGAAAUCCUGAGUUGCCUGAUUGCAUAACAGAUCGGGAGAGAGUUGAAUUUCUUAGUAAUACCAUUGGAUCAAGCAGAAAUUUAGAAAGCUCUAUCAGAAAGCCAAAGCGAGUAAAGGAUCAGUCAUUUGAUGCCAUCACAGAUUUACAUGAACACAAAUUGUUUGGGGGGGACCCUGGCCCAUGGAACAGUGAUGAAGGUAGCCCCAAAGGAGGGCAUCGGUUGUCGAGGAAUCCUGUGGACAUAAAGAGGUAUAGUUGUGAAGAUGAAAGCCCUUGGCAGAAUUUUGGCCGGGAAAGUAUAGAAUCUUCCCAGAGUUCCCUGGAACCAUACACAUUUUCAGCUGAAUAUUACCAAGGGAAACGGCAUAUGGCACCUUCGCAACAGGAACAUAGCACUAUGUAUCCAAGAAUUUCAGAGGUGGUUUCCAGGCCCUUGGAUGUUAGCAUUAGGGAGGGUGAAAUGUUGAAAACAUCUUUGGAUCGGUCGAAGAGGCACAGAGAUGUUGGUCUUGGAGGAUCGCAUAAACCACAUGAUCCACUAACUAUCUCUGAGGGUUUCCGAGAUGGCAUUAUGUUCCCUAUAACAUACAAACGAAGAAAAGCUCAAACAAAGCUUAACUCAUUAGAUCUUGUUAAGCCACUGACCGCUGGUGCUGAUUUGAAAUCUGCAACACUGAAGGAAGCAAACCACCAUAUUGGGGAAAGUGCAAAGGCUGUAAAGAUAAAGUUUAAGAACUGGAAAGAUAAAUCCAUUGACAAACAAGGAAUCUCGAAUGGGCUACAGCAUGGUUCCCCAUCUGCAUGAAAAGAAAAGAAGAAAGAAAAAGAUAUGAUGAUGUCUAAGGCUGAUCAAAUGCUGUCUCCUAUUUAACAGUGUUCUGGUGCUUCACUUAAUUGUCAACUUCUCAGUUGAAAAAUGGUUUUUAUGCAUUUCCUAACUGUGUUUGAGAAGUGAUGGUUCCUUGAGGCUCUACGUAGACGUGGAACUCGAUCUGAAGUCUUUUUUGGGGCCUCCCUCUGGCCAGUGAGAGUCUGGGAAAUUUGUUUGAAUCAAUCAGUGUCUUUCACAAUUUAGCCUUCUGGUGGUUCAGUUGCACUGGAAACUUGGGUGAAUGGACUAGAAAGUCGAGCCAUUUAUGCUUAUGCUGGAAUACCAACAUGACACACUGUGGCUGUUAAAUACUUAUUGUUAUUUUAUUUCUCUUUUUCUUUUCUCUGCUUUCCUUAAAUGAAUCUGUAAUUGCUUUGGUUUCCUUGUCUUCCUAGAUGUGGCAGCAUCAUGGACAAAACUAGGUGCCUCUUUUUUCUUUAAUUCUCCUUUGCAAGCUAUUUGAGCAUUCUCCUGUAGUUAAUGCUUCAUUGUAUCUGUAAAUCAAUGUAUAUUGACUAAAUGAAGAAUUCCCUGUUCGAGUGGCUUCCGUGAA